AGCUCGUUUGUUAUUUGUCAGGGUCACCAACCCAGAAACCGAGUAAGCACUGCCCCCUCUACCACACGCACGUGUGCGCAUGCACGAGCAAACACAUUUUAAAGGAAUUAAGUUCUUUUUCAGGGCAGGCGGUGCCCAUGAAGUAUAUAAUCUUGUCAGCGAGCGGUGUUUGGAUGCCACGUCUUUUUUUGGUUGCUGAUUUUGUCGAACAUGUGACUGAAUUAGACGCUCACAUGGCUGCAGUGGCUGCAUGAUCCGCUUUAGUUCUUUAAAGUCCGGUGAUCGGUAGCUCUCACGGCAGCAACCAUCCAGAGUAGAGGACCGCUGAAAAACACAGCAAGUACCCGGAGAAAUCAUGGCAGACAGCGGGCAGAAAGUUGUGCUGAUCACCGGCUGCUCCUCCGGCAUCGGGUUACGAAUCGCCGUCAUGCUGGCCAAAGAUGAAAAGAAGCGUUACCAUGUCAUUGCAACAAUGAGAGACCUGAAGAAGAAAGACAAGUUAGUGGAGGCAGCAGGAGAUGCAUAUGGCAAGACCUUGACGUUGCUCCCACUGGACGUGUGCAGUGACGAGUCCGUCAAACAGUGCAUCAACAAUGUAAAGGACCGCCAUAUUGAUAUCCUGAUCAACAAUGCAGGUGUGGGCAUGCUGGGUCCUGUGGAAAGCAUCAGUAUUGAGGAGAUGAAAAAAGUUUUUGAGACCAACUUCUUCGGAGUGGUUCGGAUGAUCAAAGAGGUGAUGCCUGACAUGAAAAAGAGGCGUUCAGGACACAUCGUGGUCAUGAGCAGUGUCAUGGGGCUUCAAGGAGUGGUGUUCAAUGAUGUUUACACUGCUUCCAAGUUUGCCAUGGAAGGUUUCUGUGAGAGUUUGGCCGUGCAGCUGAUGAAGUUCAAUAUCCGGUUAUCCAUGAUCGAGCCUGGCCCAGUGCACACUGAGUUUGAGACAAAAAUGAUGCAGGAUGUGGCCAAAAUGGAGUAUCCAGGAGCAGAUGCUGACACAGUUCGUUACUUUAAAGAUGUUUAUCUGCCAUCAUCCAUAGACAUAUUUGAAGCCUUGGGCCAGACACCAGAUGAUAUAGCCAAAUGCACGAAAAAGGUUAUCGAGUCCAGCAGCCCUCGCUUCAGGAAUCUGACCAACAACCUCUAUACACCUAUUGUGGCCUUAAAGUAUGCAGAUGAGACUGGUGGCCUGUCUGUCAACACCUUCUACAACCUACUCUUCAAUUUUGGCCCUCUCAUGCAUAUCACCAUGAGCAUCCUAAAGUGCCUGACAUGCAGCUGCCUGCGCAGACGCACCAUCUCACCUAACUGAAGACAGUGUCCGAUACUGUCGCUUACCUUUGCCCAUACCCUCCCACUUGUUGACCCCACCCAUUCCCUGUUACCUUUCCUGAGUUUUUUGGAGGGUAGAGUAGACCCAGUAACACUGGUGACCAGAGGAGCUCCGUUUAAAGACAGUACCAUGAUAAGCUUUGCCAGAAAACAUGCACAGUUGCACAAAUUUUUCAAGACGUUCUUGUAUGCAGGACGACCUCAAGCACAGAUUACACAUACAAACACAGAAAUACCAGUAAUAUGCACAGUAUAUAUGCAUACAUCACAUUAGCAAAGGCCAUGAUAUAGCCAUUGCUUUAUGGGAGGAACUGAACAAAUAUGAUAAAGGUGGGUAUAUUGUUUCAAUAGAUCACACAUAUAUGACAUGAUAGCCUGACCCAUUACACAGCUUGAAGCAAAAAUGAACUCAGUUACAGAGAUUUAAAAUGAUAGAUAAAUAAUAACAUGUAGCAUAGAUAUCGAUUCAGUCUGGCACUUUCCAGAGUUAAAACAUGUUUGACGGACUGGACAAUAUAUCUGUCUUAAAUGUGUUGUACCCUUAUUUUCAUGUUUGCCUUAACAUAGUGUUCUUAUGGUCAUAACUGCUGUUAAAUCACAUUUUUAAUCUUUUGAUGAACUGAAUUUUUUUGGUCUUUAAGUUUUGUGAAGGGCUUAGUCAGAUACUUUUAAUCUAUCAUCUUGAUUUAGAAAUAAACAAAGCGCUGAUUUACCCUUGAAGCUAUAAUUUUGUUUGUUUAAGGAUGCCAAUUACAAAUUGUGACCGUGCAUGCACAAAUAACACAGAAGCUCUGGAAGGCUUUGCUUUUUCUGCAUACCUAUUUGGUACCAGGAGGGGGCAAUAUUUCACCAUAUUCCCUGGCAGACCACCUGUGGCGUAAAUGGAGAUGAAGAUUAAGUAAAGGAAUUUGUUGGGUGUUCCUGGGACUGAAAAUGCCUUAUCAUUUAAAAUUUGAAUCUUUUGACUGUGACUGUAAAUUCAAGCUCACAAUGGGCACAAUUUUACAAGUUGACUUUUUUACUUAACAGUAUGGACUGACACUAAUGAAUCAUACUUUUUCAUAUUAAGUAAAUUUAACUUGUUGGUUAUAUAAAAAAUAACGCUCUUCA